CAGAGACUCAGCCCCAGCCGGCUCCUGUCUUAGCGAGGAGCAGCGCUUCCAGCAGCAGCCGAUCCCAUCUCUCUCUUCACACAGCAUCUGGCAGGGAGUCAGCCAUCCGAAGCAAAGGAACGAAUGGGCAGAGCAGAACUUCUAGGAAGGAACAUGAGUACCCAGGACCCCUCAGAGCUGUGGGGCGGAGCAGAUGGAGGCACAGACCUGCUCCAGGAUUUGGGGUGGUAUCACGGCAGCCUCACCCGCCAUGCUGCUGAAGCCCUUCUGCUCUCCAAUGGACGAGAUGGUAGCUACCUGCUGAGGGACAGCAAUGAGCAGACCGGGCUCUACUCUCUCUCCGUGAGAGCCAAAGACUCUGUCAAACACUUUCAUGUUGAAUACACCGGGUACUCGUUUAAAUUCGGCUUUAAUGAGUAUUCAUCUUUAAAGGAUUUUGUCAAGCAUUUUGCAAAUCAGCCUUUGAUUGGAAGCGAGACAGGGACCCUGAUGGUUUUGAAGCAUCCCUAUCCAAGGGAAGUAGAAGAACCUUCCAUUUAUGAAUCAGUCCGGGUUCACACAGCGAUGCAGACAGGAAGGACAGAGAAUGACCUUGUGCCCACUGCGCCUUCUCUGGGCACCAAAGAAGGCUAUCUCACCAAGCAGGGAGGCCUGGUAAAGACCUGGAAAACAAGAUGGUUCACUUUGCAAAGGAACGAACUGAAAUAUUUCAAAGACCAGAUGUCACCAGAACCAAUUCGGAUCCUCGACCUAACAGAGUGCUCAGCUGUUCAAUUUGAUUACUCACAGGAGCGAGUAAACUGUUUCUGCCUAGUGUUUCCAUUCAGGACAUUUUAUCUCUGUGCAAAGACUGGAGUUGAAGCCGAUGAAUGGAUCAAGAUACUGAGAUGGAAGUUGUCAAAAAUAAGAAAACAGCUGGAUCAAGGAGAAGAUACUGUCCGGUCUCGGUCAUUUAUCUUCAAAUAGACUUUCUUGCUCAGAGGCAAGGUUGACUGUUCCAGGUGUCUGAUCUGUGGCAGACUUCAGAGGAAAGCUCAUUAAAGUAUUUCCUCUAAAAACAAAUCAAAAUUAGAUCGUGGUUGGGAGCUGUAUGCUGUUUGCUGAUUCAUGGAAAACAUCUGGCAGGACCUGGCCAUCUGCUGGAGACCAGAAGCAGCGUCCUGCUGACGAUGACCGCCUAGCUUCCAGAUGGAGCCACUCUCAGAAACAGCGCCAGACAAGGGCUGGUUGGCUGUCCCAGUGGCUUAGGCUCAUUGACUUUCGUUUCCUGGAGUCCAGCCCCAAGUCAUGGUCAGCACAAGUAAACUUCAGGACUUGCUACAAGCACGAGGGGACAGCAGUGCAUCAGGGAGCUCAGGCUGGGCUUUAGGAAGCAGAUUAAGAGAAUAAACACCAAGGGCAUUCAAA